GUGCAUCUAAUUAACAUUUUCUUAUUUCUCGUUCCCAUUCUUAUCGCCAUAGCAUUUCUCACACUAGUAGAACGAAAAAUUCUAGGCUACAUACAAUUCCGAAAAGGACCUAACAUCGUAGGACCCUACGGCAUAUUUCAACCAUUCGCAGAUGCCAUAAAACUAUUUACAAAAGAACCACUACGACCAUCUUCAACAUCCAUCUUUUUAUUCUUAAUUGCACCUACACUUUCUUUAACAUUAGCUUUAAGCCUAUGAAUCCCUCUGCCUCUACCUUUCCCACUUAUCAACCUAAACCUAGGCAUACUUUUUAUUCUUGCCUUAUCCAGCUUCUCAGUUUACUCAAUCCUAUGAUCAGGCUGAGCCUCAAAUUCAAAGUAUUCCCUUUUUGGGGCCCUACGAGCAGUUGCUCAAACUAUCUCUUACGAAGUCACUAUAGCUAUUAUUCUACUUUCUGCCUUCCUAAUAAGUGGCUCCCUCUCCCUCCAAAAUUUAAUUACCACACAAGAAGCAAUAUGGUUAAUCUUUCCAGCAUGACCGAUGGCCAUAAUAUGAUUUAUUUCAACCCUAGCAGAAACAAACCGAAGUCCAUUCGAUCUAACAGAAGGUGAAUCAGAAUUAGUUUCAGGGUUUAACGUCGAAUAUGCCGCAGGCCCAUUUGCCCUAUUUUUCAUAGCCGAGUAUACUAAUAUCAUCCUAAUAAAUGCUAUCUCAUCAAUUGUAUUUCUAGGACCACUAGAACACUUAGAAUCACUAGAAAUCUUCACCAUUGACUUUAUACUUAAAACUCUAUUCCUAACUAUACUAUUCCUAUGAAUUCGAGCAUCCUACCCCCGAUUUCGCUACGACCAACUCAUGCACCUGCUAUGAAAAAACUUUUUACCUCUUACCUUAGCACUAUGCACAUGAUAUGUUUCAAUACUAAUUUUCAUAGCAAGCAUCCCACCUCACACAU